GGGAGGCAGGUAAAGUAAACCCGGCGCCGGCUGUCUGCCAGCAGGGCAGCAGGCAGCCAGGCACGAAGCAGGUUUGCUCCCUCUUCCUUCCACCUCCUCUUCGAUUCGAUUCGAUUGCUACCAUCUCUAUCCGAGAAUCUCUACCAGACUAUUCUUCCCUUGCGCAUCUCCAUGCCCCCUCUGAUCUACGGAUUCAUGGCUUUUCAAUUCGCCAUUUCUCAAUGCUGCAGAUUGUGUGAGCACCACCUGUUCGACGAAAUAUCCCUUCGAACUGACUCCAUGGCAGAGGCUCCGGCCGACGGGCUGGUGGUCUCGAAGAACGUUGCCAGCGCGGCGUGCAGGAUUAACGCCCUCCCCAGCCACGUUCUCAGCCGCGCAAUCUCCUUCCUGGACGCACGCCAGCUCGUGCAGACGUGUCUGCUGUCACGGCGGUGGCGCCACCUCUGGCGCUCCGUGCCUCGCAUCAACGCCUCGCGCCAUGAGUUCGACGGCAUGGCUGACAGCGAGGAGGAGCGCAACGUGCUGUUCAAGAAGUUUACCAACGCCUUCUUGGUGCUCCGUAACCCUGUUGCCUUGGACGAGUUCCGGCUUUUCUACUUCAUGCCUGAUCAUGAAGAGUCAGAGGACCCUGAUGCGGACUCGGAUGAUGCUAACCUGUGGAUCCACCAUGCUUUACGGAGCAAUGCUCGGUCUGUCAAGGUUAAGAUAUGGGACGACAGAUUGCAUCUCGAUCCUGCAGUGUUUGCUUCAAAAUGCUUCUUGACAAGCCUUCAACUUUCCUGCGUUAUGUUGUUCGAUGGUUUCUUUAGGAACCUCCAGACUGGAUGCACAGCAUUAGAACGUCUGCUCUUAAAUGACUGUGCCAUUGACGAUGUUGAGAUUUCCUCCCAGACACUAAAGGUUUUCACCGUUGAUGAUUACUCCAACUUCACAUUUGGUGAACAGCCCUCUAUUUCUAUUCCAAGCCUCAGUUAUCUUGCCUUCUCUGCUUCUGGCAGAAUACCUUCGCUAAAGAACAUGGGAUCACUAGUGACAGCAUCAGUUUCAGUUAGUUCAGGAGGUACUCAGGUUGAUGAUAUCUGUCAGUUUCUCAGGAGCCUAUCUGGAGUCACAAAUUUGGACUUCGACUAUGCAGGAAUGCUGAAGAUGGAAAAAAGUUUGCAAUGGUGCCCGAAAUUCAACAAUCUUACAGCCCUGACUCUUGGUGAAUGGUGCCUGGCUGAAGAUUACUAUGCACUUAAAGUCUUCCUUCGGAACUGUCCUAAUCUUGUGAAGCUAACUCUGAAACUUAAGCAGUGUAAUUAUACAUCUGAAACCAUCAUCGCUGGGCUGAACGAAGGAUCGUUUGCAUGUCAGCACAUUGAGAUGCUUGAAAUCGUAUACUCGAAGGGUGACCCCAAGGUCCUGGAGAAGCUUUUGGUUGAGGGUGGUAUAACCUUAGGUUAGGUUUGCUUUAGGCAGGCAUACAGACUCUGAAAUCAGCUCUGUCGAACACUGAAACCUGUCACCGGAUCAUUGCUGCUAAAUUCUAAUGGAGCAAGGAGCAGGUACAUGGUUAGUUCUCAUUUAUGUGGUACUCCAUAGAAACCAUAUCAGUUCAAUUUGGAUAGAUGUAUGUUUUCGCAAGACGGAGUACUUGUCUACCACACAUAUAUUAGCACUCUGAUAGCGAAGUACAUCUCAGCAGCAGCAGUAGCAGCAGCAGCAGCUACAGAUUGGAUCAUGCCAAAAUUGAAAAUCUGGGUGUGCUGCACGCCUUUGUUUAUUACUUCAUAUGCGAUUGUUGUUUGCCAAAGUAAACAAUCCAAAAGUUUUAGCUAUCCUGCAAGUUGCAGAAAGUCUAUAUGCAUUAUUGUUGUCGUCAGAUGAAACGGGUCACUUUUGUGCCCAGAAAAUGUAGAAAUGAGGGUCAGA